AUGACCAAAUUAAGAGGAUCGCAAGCCGACUGGACAACAUGUUUACAAAAACCAUAUUUCAUUAGUCCAUCAUGGAACCCAAUAACAGCACAUGACAAAGUUUCAACCCAGCAAACAAUUGAGCAUGAAAUAGGGACAUUUCCUAUCAAAGUUGACGUUCAAGUAAGACCGGGAAUCAAUAGGCCGGAAAGACAGUUUUACUUUUCUGGACUAGGGUCUUCACAGAGAGAUGACGAUAUAGAUAGUCCUUAUGGUGGACUUGUGUUUUACUACAAUGACGAAGCAGUGGUCGUUUUUGCCCCCAAUAAACAUGACGGACAUAAUGUUGGAAAGGUGAUUUAUACAGGAGGAAGUGCUUGGUCUGGUCCUGUCCAACAGAGUGAAGCAUCUGCUGAGUACAGGAUCAGAGCAUGGGGGAAGAAUAACUUCCCUAAACCUGAUUUUGAAUCAUCAUGGAUACCCAUGGACACAACAACUAACACUUACAAAGAAGUAUCCCACGGAUUAGGAGCGGAACCAGACUAUGCAAUAGUUCAAGUCAAAUUUCAGCCCGGUCUUAUCACUGAAGCUGUUGGUUCGUCUAUGCAGACCAAUCCGACGGGUACAGACUGGGGAGGAGUUAUAUACAGUUACAAUACCACUGUAUUUAGAUUAUGGGCGCCAAAUGGAGGUCGAGGUGGUUUAUUCAGCAUUGCAGAUGGAUGGGGUGACAAUAAAGGAAAACUUCAGAAGUCCGGUUCUGUAAAAAUAUAUGCAUGGAAAACACUUACUUCUAAGAGUAAUUUCAAACAAACAGUAACAUUACCAGCUACAUCAUUUAGCAUGAACCUACACCAGCUUGUCGACCCAGAAAACAAUCUAAUAGAUAUAGUAAUCAGAGCUCUUGACGGUAGAAGUAAGAAUUUUAUAUUUCAUGGCUCAGGCGCGGUACAGAAUGUUAACGGAAACGACUCUUUUGGCGGAAUAGUGAUUUCUUAUUCCAACCAGACCGUUAGGUUUUGGUAUCCAUACACAUCGUCUGGAGCACUGUUGCUGGUGGAUAAAUGGUGGGGUCAGGCAAAUACUCAGCAUUUAUCACAUAAAGUAGAACUUUCGAUUAAAACAUGGGAAAGAUAUACAAGUUGUCCACCUGUACCAAAGAGCACCAGAUCUGUUCCCGUUGUCUCAAGUGUGCAGUCAAAAGUUGAUGGCGGAUGGAGUACAUAUGGAUCUUGGAGUACAUGUUCUAAAUCUUGUGGUGGAGGAACACGAUUUAGAAACAGAACGUGUUCAAAUCCAUUUCCGUCGAACGGUGGUAUAAACUGUCAAGGUGGUGCUCUGGAAACAAAUGCAUGUGGGAUAAAUCCAUGCUUGGGUUCAUUGGUACACAAAAGUCCGUCUAGUACAACAAAAACAAAAUUACUCAUGACUAACAAUAGAACAAGUACAUCUAAGCAACCUAGUGAUAGUUCUAAGAAGCCCUUUAGUUUUAGUUUCACGGAUGUUGACUUGCCAACCAUUUUAGUUGGAGUUGGACUUGGUGUUGGUGGGUCAGUUCUGUUGUUUAGUGUUGGCUGCAUCAUUAAGCAUGUUAUAAGUAAACCGAAAGCAACGGAAGUUGUAAGUAUAAAAUAA